ACAGAGUCCAUUUCAAAAAAGGUGUCAUCAUUCUUUUUUUAUUGGGGGAAAAGAAAGUUCUGUAUGGUCGGUCACAUCGUACGCGGAGGACUCAGCUAACACCACGAGUUAUGUUUUACGAGAGCUCCGCAUGGAAGAAACACAAAAGUUGUGGGACUUCAUCUCUCCUACCAAUGACUCCCAAGAAACCUCAGCAGUGGCUGCAAGUGGUCGGACAUGCAGGGAGCUUUCACGUUGGGGAUUAUGGCACCCUGCUGAAGAGAUUCUGUGAGGGGGAGCAACAGUGCUACCUUGGGCUGAUGGAGGAUGUUUUGAAGCCCUUUGUUCCCGCCUACCACGGUGUGGUCCAGCGGGACGAGCAGAAUUACAACAUGAUGGAUAACUUGUUGACCCAUUUCAACAGACCUGCCAUCAUGGACUGCAAGAUGGGGAGCCGCACAUACCUUGAGGGGGAGCUGCUGGUGGCCAGGGAGCGGCCCCAGCCCCGUAAAGACAUGUAUGAGAAGAUGGUGGCUGUGGAUCCGGAGGCACCAACGGUCCAGGAACGAGCCCAGCAGGCGGUGCUGAAAACCAGGUACAUGCAGUGGAGGGAGACGCUGAGCUCCACAACAUCUCUGGGUUUCCGCAUCGAAGGAUUCAAGAAGUCAAAUGAAGAAUGUCACACGAACUUCAAAAGGACCAAAAGCAGAGAGCAAGUGGUGGAAGCACUGGACAACUUUGUUGAUGCCAAUAAACACAUUGUGUGGGGAUAUCUGAGACGGUUGAAAAAACUGCGGCAGAUCUUGGAGGCAUCAGACUUCUUCAGAACACAUGAGGUUGUGGGCAGUUCCUUACUGUUUCUACAUGACUGGACAGGCAGAACAGGAGUCUGGAUGAUUGACUUUGGAAAGACGGAGGCGUUACCGGCACACCUCACCCUGGACCACCGCACUCCCUGGGUAGAUGGCAAUCGAGAAGAUGGCUACCUGUGGGGUCUGGACAACCUCAUUGAUAUACUGACCAACAUGCUGCCCCUGACAUGAACUCCUCUCUAAUCGUGUGGAAGUUCACUCUUAACCCUUCCUAACCCUUGACCACUCGUAAGUGAGUGACUGCAGAUGCACUUGCUUCUGAAAUGGUUGUGUUGUCAGAAUUGUGAGUAUUUAACUCUGUACAGAAUGAGGGUGGGCGAAAGGAAGAUGUGAUUGAUUACAAAAGUAAAUACUUUCUAGAACAGAUUUUCUUUCAGCAAAUUACAAUUACAACAUUGGUCAAAAGAUCAUUGGUGAUUUAUGCAUAUCUCAACGUGAGCCUUGUAAAGGUUGACCACUGAAUAGACCUACACUCACCCGUGCUGCCAAUUUCCAGCCUCAGCAGGAGACGCCGUCCCAGCUGUCUUGAUAUGGCACUGCUCAUUAUUUUAGGGAAAACAUGGCACAAGCAAUUAUAAGCCAGAGAUAUGGCUGGCCCAUCAGGUUUGGGAAGAUCUGCAGUUUAAAUGUCACACCGUGUCAUUAAAAUGGUGCUAAAACGAUAGUAGACUUAAUUCCUGCAUUUCUUUAAAGGUACAGUAUGUCGCAUUUUGGUGUAUCUAUUGGCAGAAAUGGAAUAUAAUACUAUCACUUAAAAAUAAGAAUCAUUGUGUUUUUGUUACCUUAUAAUAAGCUGUUUAUAUCUUCAUACCGGUACUCUACACGAAGCAGGCCGCUGUGUUUCUACAGUAGCCCAGAGCGGACAAACCAAACAGUCUAGUUCACCCCAGUUCUUCUUCUCCGUUUCAGAUGGUUGUAAUCUGCAACCUCAGCGCCAGAUCCUACACACCUUUUAUUAAUUAGAUUGCCUCAUUAUUAUGAUCAUUAGUUUUUUUUAUACAUUAGAUUGUGAAACAGUUUUACCAUUUGCACUUGAGUGCAUAUCAAUGUCAAGUUAUGUGGAGUCCAACUACACAUAUUGUUAAUAGAUGAGAACAAUAGCAGGAAAGGUGUUUCUUGUGGGGUUUAAUUUUUGCAUUAAACCUAAUAUUAUUUUCAGGCUUGGCCUUUUUCCUUUUUUAAUUUCCUUUAUGACCGUUUGUUCACCACUUCAGUGCAGACAGAUAAUAUCUCCAAAACUAACGGACGGAUCGCCCCAAACUUUUGUUCAUGGACCCCUGAAGAUGAAUCUGCAUUACUUUUUUAAAAAACUUUCCCUCCAGCACCACAAUGAGACGCGUGAGAGAAAUGUGUCGGCAACUAUUGGAUUGCCGCAAAGUAGCGUGAUCAACAAGUCAAAAUCUGAAUUUGUGCAAUCCUAAAUGAGAUUCCCAUCAUCCUCAGCUGCCCUUUGUGUUUACUGCCACUGAGCCGAUGUUAGCAUGCUAAUCUACGAUGGUGGAAAUGGUCAACAGUAUAGCUGUUAAGCAUCCAAAUGGUACUCAGAGCACUGUUGUGCCUUUACAGCCACAGACACUUACCCUUUUCAUCUUCAAGUCAAAUUGAUGGCUUAAAGGCAGCAAUAGAAGUUUAGUGUUAUUUGAUGGAUUGUUUUUCAGCACAAUGUUGAGUAAUAUUAACACAAUAUUUCUACUCAUUUUAUUUUUAUGUUUAACUUUGAGCAAUGAAUAAAGUGUGUACUACUCUGCCUAAUUUACUCAUCAGUUUAUUGCCAUAUGGAGUUUUACAAAUUUGAAUAAACGCUCCUUUUU